ACAGCCUUUGGCUUAGCAUCCCAAAUAUCCGCGUUUACCCCAACUUGCUCUCUCACCUCUUCAUCUUCUCCAAUCUCACCCUUUCUCGUUACCUCCAAUGUCGAUUUCAUCUCCAGAUACCUGCAUUUCGCAUAACAAUAACAAUCUGCCUAAUUUGUCGAAUAAAAGCAACGGAAUGCGAGGGAAUAAAUAUAACUGUAACAACAGUGGCACACCGAGAACAAGAUUGGAAAGGCUUCUUAGGGAGAGGGAGUUAAGGAAAUUCAACAAGUCUUUGAAUGAUGGUGAAACUGAGUUAUCGAACAAUGACUCGUUUUCACCCGAUUCUUUUGAAGCUUUCAGCUGGUUCAACGAUGAAGAAUCCUUGGAAACCAUUUCAGCUAAUGGAUGUUCUACUGAUGGAUGCGAAAGGCAAGAUUCCCGGACUUCCAGAGAGCGCCUCUUGGUGGUUGCUAAUAGGCUUCCCGUUUCUGCAGUACGACGUGGGGUGGAUUCAUGGCAUCUUGAGAUAAGUGUAGGAGGCUUAGUCAGUGCACUCCUCGGUGUGAAGGAAUUUGAGACAAGAUGGAUUGGUUGGGCUGGUGUAAAUGUCCCUGAUGAAAUUGGACAAAGGGCAUUAAUUAAAGCUUUAGCUGAAAAGAGAUGUAUACCAGUAUUUCUUGAUGAAGAAAUUGUUCAUCAAUAUUAUAAUGGAUAUUGUAACAACAUAUUGUGGCCUUUGUUUCAUUACCUUGGUCUCCCACAAGAAGACCGCCUUGCAACUACUAGAAGCUUUCAAUCUCAGUUUGAUGCGUAUAAGAAAGCAAACCAGAUGUUUGCUGAAGUCGUUAAAGAACAUUAUGUGGAAGGGGAUGUGGUUUGGUGUCAUGAUUACCACCUAAUGUUUCUUCCAAAAUGUUUGAAAGAGCGGAACAGAAAAAUGAAAGUUGGUUGGUUUCUGCAUACUCCUUUUCCUUCUUCUGAAAUCCAUAGGACACUACCGUCUAGGUCGGAGCUGCUCAGAUCAGUACUUGCUGCUGAUUUAGUAGGCUUCCAUACAUAUGACUAUGCAAGGCAUUUUGUUAGUGCUUGUACUCGUAUUCUUGGGCUGGAAGGCACACCUGAAGGAGUAGAGGAUCAAGGAAGGCUGACUCGUGUAGCUGCAUUCCCAAUAGGGAUUGAUUCUGAUCGGUUCAUUCGAGCUCUUGAACUCCCUCAAGUUCAAGAUCACAUGAAAGAACUGAAAGAAAGGUUUGCUGGCCGAAAGGUAAUGUUAGGCGUUGAUCGGCUUGAUAUGAUCAAGGGUAUACCACAGAAGAUUUUGGCAUUUGAAAAAUUCCUUGAGGAAAAUCCUAAUUGGCGUGAUAAGGUGGUUCUCCUGCAAAUUGCUGUCCCUACCAGGACUGAUGUUCCUGAGUAUCAAAAGCUUACUAGCCAGGUUCAUGAGAUUGUUGGUCGAAUUAAUGGAAGAUUUGGAACUCUUACUGCUGUACCUAUACAUCAUCUGGACCGUUCUCUUGAUUUUCAUGCAUUAUGUGCACUAUACGCUGUUACUGAUGUAGCUCUUGUGACAUCUUUGCGGGAUGGAAUGAACCUUGUCAGCUAUGAGUUUGUUGCCUGCCAAGCUUCCAAGAAAGGGGUUCUUAUAUUAAGUGAGUUUGCAGGGGCUGCUCAAUCUCUUGGUGCUGGAGCCAUUUUGGUUAAUCCAUGGAACGUCACCGAAGUUGCUUCUUCAAUCGGUUAUGCUUUGAAUAUGCCAGCUGAUGAGAGAGAGAAACGCCACCACCAUAACUUCGUGCAUGUAACUACACACACAUCACAAGAGUGGGCUGCAACCUUUGUAAGUGAACUUAAUGAUACCAUUGUUGAAGCUCAAUUAAGGACAAGACAAAUCCCACCACCGCUUCCAAUUGAAGUUGCAGUUGAUCGUUACGCGAAGUCUAAUAACCGAUUGCUCAUACUGGGAUUCAAUGCAACUUUAACUGAACCAGUGGAUACCCUUGGGAGGAAGGGCAGCCAAAUUAAAGAAAUGGAGCCCAAGUUACGCCCGGAUUUACAAGAACCUUUGAGAAAGCUCUGUGAUGAUCCAAAGACUACAAUUGUUGUCCUCAGUGGAAGUGAUAGAAGUGUCCUGGAUGAUAACUUUGGUGAUUACAGCAUGUGGUUGGCAGCAGAAAACGGAAUGUUCUUACGAGCUACGAAAGGAGAUUGGAUGACGACAAUGCCGGAAAAUUUAAACAUGGAAUGGGUGGAUAGCGUCAAGCAUGUAUUCGAAUAUUUUACUGAAAGAACUCCUCGAUCUCAUUUCGAGCUCCGGGAAACUUCACUUAUAUGGAACUAUAAAUACGCAGAUGUCGAGUUCGGAAGACUUCAAGCAAGGGAUUUGUUGCAGCAUCUUUGGACAGGUCCAAUCUCUAAUGCAUCUUUAGACGUUGUCCAAGGCAGCCGGUCCAUUGAGGUUCGAUCUGUCGGUGUUACAAAGGGUGCAGCGAUCGACCGAAUCCUUGGAGAAAUUGUUCAUAACAAAGGCAUGAAGGAACCCAUUGAUUAUGUCCUAUGCAUUGGCCACUUUCUAGCUAAGGAUGAAGACAUUUAUACCUUUUUCGAGCCAGAGCUUCCGUCAGAAGUGCCAGCCCCUGUCAGAUCCCAUGUAACACCACCAGUCAGGACAUCUGUUUCAAAGUUAUCGACAAGUAGAAGUCUAUCCAGGGAAGAUCGCCUUAAGAAACAUCGUCCUAUGCCAACUAUUGAGAGAAGCAAAAGUUACCAUGUAAACACAGAUGUUUUCCAAUCAAGGGUGGUAGAUAGAAUGUCGUUGCAAGAGGGUUCUUCAGUACUUGAUCUUCAGGGGGACAACUAUUUUUCUUGCUCUGUAGCUCGGAAAAGGUCUAAUGCUCGGUAUCUCCUUAGAUCAUCAGAUGAUGUUGUUAAACUCUUAACAGAGCUGACAAAUUCAUGGAUCGACAGUAUGAACACUGAUGGAUCUACAAUGGAGGGAAAUUAGAAGCAGCAACUUCCAUUGACAUCUUGGUGGUACUAUCAUGUAACUGGCCUUUCACGUUUCUCGCACUGAAAUUCAUUGAAUCUCUUUUAAAUUUGAUCAUUCUUCACAUUAAAGGUAAAGCUUUCCAGAAAGUUUUAUUUUCUUUUUCAAAAUAAAAUUUUAGUUUUUGAUUUCUCAAUCAAUUUAUUUCA